CCGGCCGGGAAGGACGGCGAGGCGGGCGGGAGGCUCCGAGUGGCGGGCGACAUGUUCCGGGCGCCGGAGAGCGAGGGUGGCCGGGCCGGCUUCAGGGCUGUGAAGCCCCCAGGAGGAGAGCCAGGAGAUCGUCCAGAAGAAGCUGCGCCUCCACGCCGGCCCGACAGGAUGGCAUCUAAUAUUUUUGGACCAACUGAAGAACCUCAGAACAUACCCAAAAGGACCAAUCCCCCGGGGGGGAAAGGAAGUGGUAUAUUUGACGAAUCCACACCUGUGCAGACUCGACAGCGUCUGAACCCACCUGGUGGGAAGACCAGUGACAUUUUUGGGUCCCCAGUCACUGCUACUUCACCCAUGGCACACCCAAACAAACCCAAGGACCACGUGUUCCUGUGUGAGGGAGAGGACACGCCGGGCCUUAGAGCCGCAGCCAGCACAUCACCCAGACAGGAGCCAGGCGAGCCCGGUGGCCCGAGAGAAACAGCCCGCGCCCAGGAGCCCGUGCCCGCCGUAGAUAGCCACGAGCCCAGGCUGGGCCCGCGGCCUCGCUCCCACAACAAAGUCCUGAACCCUCCUGGAGGCAAGUCCAGCAUCUCCUUCUACUAAGAUGCUGCUGCGUACCCCACAGCCAGACGAGACACUCGAGAGAUAGGAUUUCAAAAGUAUAGUUUCUUUAGCCCGAAGGAGUGGGGUGGGGAGAGGGUCUAUUGGGUGGACACCUGAAGCUGCUGCUCUAGCUCCACUGCCAUCAUGAGACGGCCAGAACCUCGCCUCCCGCCUCCCAGACACCAAGGGAAGAAAUGUGAUCCCUGGUGUGAGAGGAGCCCUCCAGUGGGCGGGCGGGGAGGUGGUGCCAGGGCAGGUGCUCCUGAGGAGUGGGGUCUUCACGUCCUUGGUGUGUUGGCUAGUUGGGUAUCUAGGAAUCACUAACAGUAGCAGAGUUUAAAGCCUUUGAGAGAAAACCAAAAACCAUGUGUCCAUUGCUGUGGGACGGAAGAGCAAGACAUGCUGAAACCCUAGUGGGUGGGCAUCUGAGUAGAUCCCCCAGUCUCUGACGCCGUUAACCUUUGUGAACACGGUCUCUGUUCCUGGGACGUCAGCCCUAGUGGUUUCACUUCCAUUCCACAGAUUUUCUUGCAACAUCUUUAUUGCUUUUCCUCAGCAGCUGUCAACAAAAAACCAAAAUGUUGUUCUCAGUCUUAUGCUUUAUGGAAAGAUUUUGUACGCUGAUCUUCCGAGGUGCCCUGCUUCUGCCCUCUCAAACUUUGGCCAGGUCUUACAUAGGACUCUCUGCCUUUCUUCUGUGAGAGGCUGGUCUGGGACUCUCUACAGGUGGUUUUGCUUGUGAAUUCUUCCCUUUUUCCUCCUCAGCCUUAAGUCUAGGCCUUUGCUCCUCACCAGUGAUAUGGAUAGUUCCCUUCACCAGCGACACUUCUUCCUGUCUGCAAGGCCACUAACUUCUGCAGGACUUUAAAACUACCCAGAUAUAUUCCAGAUAAUGUGGCUGUUUAAACCCUUCGUUGUCUUCCUUUCUGUUCCUGCUGGUGGUGGGAAGAAGAGAUGCUUGAGAACCUUGGGUUCUUAGGUUUGAAUUCUUUUGUAAUAUCUCAAGACCUGUUCUCAAGUACCAGCUUUACAUCAGUACUCUUGACUCUGGUCUGUUUCUGACACCUUUCUAGAAAAAGUCCAUUGCUCAGGUACACCAAAGAGGAGGGAACUUUUCUUAGUCCACCCUUUAUAAAGCUUUGCAGAACCUCUGGGCCAUAUUUACAGUUUCCAGACGAGGCUUAGAGGACUUAGGCCAGGAAAUUAAAUCGUUCGGCAGUAAAGUCUCAGCUGACCCAUUCCAUGGUGUUUACAGCAAAGAUAACAGGCUGGCAAGAGUCAUGCUGCUAUAAUCUGUCAGGUGAAAGUAUCUCCCAUCGAGCCUCUAGUGGUCUACAGUGUCGGUGCCUGUACUGCAGUCACUUGGGACCAACAGUUUGAGGGUCACUACUGGUACAAGUGCCUACAAAGCUAAUGCAGGUGCUAGAAAUGUCUUCGUCGUUAUUAAAAUGUAGUCACACUCCUAGCGGCCUGGACACUCAAGUGCCUGCAGGAGCUCCCCGCUGAGUGCUGGGGGUUUGCGUGGUGCUUUGCCAACCAAAGACCUUUUUUGUCCCCCUGCUGACUUUGGAGCUGAGAAAUACUCAUUCCACGUGACUCUAUCAAGUGCUUCCUGUCUCCGUCCUUCAAAUGGUCGUGUAUAAGAAAGUUGUCUGGAAUUCAGAGCAUGUUUUCCCCAUUGAAAAUGUCAUACAUGGUUAGCUUUUAAGCUCAAACACACUAACUUAUUUAACUUACAAUGAGAUGUUCCAAAGGUAGAAAUGCAUUGCUAUUUAUAACUGUUUUGUUUUUUAAUAUACAAGAAAAUGAUUUGCGAAUUCCAAAUUGGAUUGCCAAGAAGACCCUGACCUGCUGCUGGCCCUCAGGGCUUCAGCCUCCCCAUCAGUCAUAUGAGGGGAAGAGCUUUCUAGAUCUGUCCCCUGGCAGGGACUUCUGGGGCAGAGCUGGGGGUAGACACCUGGGGGAAGGAGGAAAACACAACCAGAGCAGAGCCUCUGGGGAGCAGUGACCACAUCGGCUUACUUUUGUCCCCAUCUUCCCUUUUCCUUUCCGUCCUUGGGGCCGUGGGUGUGGGUUUAGAGAGCCUGAGUAGUCUGGUCACUGGGAAGAGUGGCAGAAAAGUUUUUGCUCCUUUGCACCUGAUGGGGGGGGGCCGUUUGUAUUUGGAAAAUGCUCUGUACAUUGGGGACUGCCUGUAUUUGGAAGAUUCAUUAACUCUUAGCAUCCUUUUCUCAGCCUCCAAGCUGCAUUGAGAAAUUACUAGUCUGUAUUUUUAUUAAGCCUUAAAACUUUUUUAAUGUGCAUUUGGUGCCAACUUUUUUGUAAAGCUGUAUCAAAAACAACAAAUCUGUGCUCACAUUGCAAUGUAACUUUGAGAGGAGCAUUCUGUUAUUUUUACACAGCAGGAGUGGGUGUAGCCCUUGAAUUAAACUUAGCAAUCACGUA